AUGCCAGAGUACUCACGUCCGAAAAGGGACUCCAGGAAAAAUCUUGCUUCGAAAUAUCUUAGUGCCAUUGGAUCACCAGAAAUUCUAUAUUCCACCCCCUUGAAGCCUAUCAAUAAUAGCAACAUCAACAACGGUGCCGUUUCUCCAAAAAGCAGUCAGGAUAUAGACAAAAAUGAUCCGUCCACAAUUGAAGAAAAGUUUUCAAAUGUGAACACUCGUAAUCGAUGUGUUCCAGCCGUUAAACGCCUUAUUUUACAGAAAGAACAAGACACUAUAACCAAUAAUGCUGAAAAUUUUUAUCCGUUACCUGACAGCAAACUUUCAAAAGCAAAGUUUGCUGGCUUUCAGAAGUCUACAAUUCAUGUUGAAAAGCGAAGAGGAAGUAAUCCAUCGAAAAGUGAACGAGGUAGAAUGAAUAAAAUCACUCAUGGAAUUUCAGGUUCCCCUUCUUUAAAGAACUUGAACAAACUUAAAAUUAUAGAAAGUCAACUCAAUACAAGAAAAGUGUCAAAUAAUAAUCAGAGAUCAGUCUCCGGCUUACAGCAUAAAUUGAAAAUGACGCGGGACAAAUCUCAUCAUGGUUUUAGACCCGUCUUUGAGGAAGCUACAGCUUCCUCGAUUAAAGAGCAAUCAAAAUUGGAUUUUAUUUGCAGACUUCUAGAAGUUAAAAAUUGGAUUGAGGAGGUUCUUAGUGGACAUUUAGGAUUUGAUGAAGGGCAUAUCUCCGAGUUUCAGGACUAUUUUAGAAACGGCGUUCUUCUAGCUGAAAUUGUUAAAACGCUUGAUUCUUCAGCUAUCUCACACAUAUAUUAUGGACAAGGCAAUGUGCAAGGCAAGUACACCACAAAGAAGGGGCUUUAUUUUAAGUUUACGGAAAAUAUUGUUCAAUUCCUUGAUUAUUUGAAAAAAAUGCACAUGCCUGAAAUGUUUAUUUUUGAAACUAGAGACUUGUUCGAAAUGAAAAACUUUCCGAAAGUAAUCUUUUGCGUACAGGCUUUAAGUUAUAUGAUGGCCAUGCGAGGAAAAGGUCCCCAAUUACAUCACAUAUCUACAGAUGAAAUUAAGAUUGAUGCUAGUGAGAUAAAGAAGGUGGAAGGGCAAACUAGAGGUCUCAAAAUUCCAAAUUUUAGCAACAUUUAUGACGGUAUUCGGGUGAACGUUGGAAAAGAUAUUGAGCCAUUAGCAUUAGUCAAGGAAGGAAAGUCGGAAAUAAUAAAUAAUGAUUUAAGUGCUUCAGAAAAUGUGUCUGAUGUUGAUAAUACUUCUGUUCUGGGGACAAGUAGCCUAGAGAAGAAUGUUAGUGAAGAAGCACCAGAAUUGAGCAAAGAUAUAUCUUUCAUGCAGAGCAGUUUAAACGACUCCUUUUCUGAACAGCAGAAAUUUAUUAAUAACGACGAGGAAGAUAAUGAUGGCAAUGAAAAUAGUAACGCUGAUGAUGGAAAUAGCUUUGACGAUUAUUCGUUAGUUUUGGAAGACCCCGAAUUAAAGGCUGCUGAUACUACAAGGGCAAGAAUUCUCUUCAGGGAUUACAACCCUACAGUGAAUAUUGAUAUGGAUGAAAUUGAAAAGAAAUAUAACGCAUUAAUUGAGCAAGAUGAUGAUUUUGAUGUGACUGGUAACGUUAAUGUGACUAUUCAAAGUUUUGUCGAUUCAGACUCUCCCGAUAUUUCGAGGGUGGAUGGCUCUUUUCCAGUUGAAAAUUUGGUUACCUUUCAAUCAUUGGCCCGUGGUGCAUUGGUCCGCUAUGCCUUAUUUGUGGAUAAAUUUAUGUUAAAGGUGUUCACACCAGAUCUUAUUUCAUUUCAGUCACUGGUACGUGGUAUGUUAUUAAGGAAACGUCUGAACUGUGAUGGUAAGCAGGUGUUGUAUCCACACCACAGUCGAGAUCUAAGGGCGGAAUCUCUUAUUGAUGAUGAUACAAUAAAAGCGAAAAGUCAACUGGCUUCUACGUCGCCGGAAAUUGUACUUCUUCAAUCUUUUGUUAGGGGUCUUGUUUUGAGAAGUCAACUUCAUGAAUUGAAAAGAAAACUUCUGGCACAGAACAAGCAGCUCACAUUAUUGCAAGGUAUCAUAAGAGGAAAGCAGCUUCGUAAGCGUUUGGCAGGAAAAUUGGGACUUUCGAAGAACAUGAAAGUAAUCAUUAGGAAAGGGCACGAGAUCCCUAAGAGUGGUUCUCAUCUCAGUGGACGCAAACGCCGUCCCGUGAGUCAGCAUGGCCAUCAAAGUAAGAAUGGAGAAGUUAGGGCAAAGCUUGGACAAAGUAAUGUUUUACUUUGUGGUUUUUCAGCCAUAGCAAGGGGGUGUUUGACUAGACGAAAAAUUUCUAUAAUAAGAUAUUGGCUUCACCGAAAUAUGCGUGACGUUUUAACAGUUCAAUCAGUUUUCCGUGGUGUCCUAACUAGAUUCUACAUUGAAAUGGAUUUGGAAAUGCUGGAACAGUAUUCUUCCCAGAUAACUGAAUUACAGGCUUGCAUAAAGGGGGCCACUGUUAGAACUCAUAUCAAGGCACGUGCCACUUGGUUCUCGAGUCCUGUCAACAUUAAAAAAAUUGUGUUUUUGCAGAACUUUGUUCGUAAUUGUAUUGCUGCUCACGACUAUAAGUCAUUGAUUAAUGAGAGAAAUCCGCCAUUGAAAGCAGUUAAGAAUUAUGUUGGAUUAUUAAAUGGAUCCGACGUUGAACUUGAAGACGAAAUUAGCAUUGAAAGAUAUAAGAAGAGAAUUGCAACUGAGAGUCAACGAAUCGGAAAGUGGGAGCAUGAUCUUAAGCAGCUUGGCUUGAAGCUGCAAUUAUUAAAAAGGAACAAAAUAUCCUUGGAAGAGGUUGUCAAAUUUAAAAAUGAUAAUUUAAAUUUAACUGAGUACUCCGAGAACUUAACAGAUAUUAUGAAAUCAAGCUUAUCAUCAGACCCAAAUAAACUUCUUGGAAAAGCUUGCAAGAGCUUGCAAGAACUAUACGGGAAAAUAUUCUACUUACUUCAAACGCAACCUAAAUACUUCUCAGAACUUUUGACUAACAUGGAAUUUCGUGGUUUACGGAAUGAAGAAAAAACUUUGGAAGGUCACAUCGAGAAUUGGCUGUUAAAGGUGUUUAACUUUGGUAUUGUCACUGUAUCAACUCCAACUGCACCUAAUAGGGAGGAGUUCUUACUAAUGAAGUUGAUAUUGUAUACGGCAACUGAUUAUUUUGAUGAGAUCGACACAGAUACCGCUUUUCAUAACUUCUUAAAGCAAAGACAGGUACUCACUUAUGAUAAAAUGGGACAUUGGGAAAUGCUCCUCAUUGCUUACAUCAAUCUUCCUCAACAGCGAUUGUUUGCCAAAAAUCUAUUCAGCAAUUUAAUAUUGAGAAUAACCUCCGAUUCAGAUGCUUGGUAUGAAUCGGAUCCUUCAAAAAUUUACAAGGCUUUACUUGUGAAAGAUGAAGAAAAUGGAAAGAUUACAUUAAAAAAUUUAAAUAUGGAAGAUCCAAUUGAUGACCCUGAUACAAGACAACAGUUUGUUAAGAAUCUGAGUGGACUUCGGGAAGCAUCAUAUGAUACUAUGAAGAUUAUUGGUGAUAGCGUUAGCAAGCUUCCGCUAUAUUUGAGAUCUAUCUGUAGGGAGAUAUAUCUUCAACUUAGGGAUCAGUUUCCUGGUGAAUCUGAGAAAUAUUAUUUGAGUGCAGUCGGUUCCGUUUUCUUGAAAUGUUACGUACUUCCUUUAUUUAUAAAGCCCAGCAAUUACUCCAUCGAUAUCGCUGGAAUUAGUGACGAAUUUGAAACGGUUGAAAAAGUUAUGGGAAAUCUUGAGCAGGUUGCAUGUGUUUUGAAUCAGCUUGUAUCUAUGAGACCAUUUUCAUCCACAAAUAUGUACCUGCAACCGCUAAAUCCAUUUAUUGCUGAAUUUUCGGAAGGUGUCAGGCUUAUUAUCAAAGAGAUCAUCAAUGUUGAAUCAAUUGAUGAAUGCUAUCAAAUGAAUUCUGUUUAUGAUGACGUUGUUUCACACGAAAAGCCUACAUUGAGAAUGGAUUCUGAUGACGUACUCCUUAUUCUUAGAUAUAUUAGAUCAAAUAUUGAACAGAUUGCACCCGAAAGAAAUGAUUAUUUACGAUAUUUACUUAUCGGGGCUCGUGAACUCAGUCCAAAUCACAGCAAGCUUGAUAUUAAGAAUGGCUUGUUGGAUAUAGUACUGGAGCCUGUAACGGAAGGCACCGAUAGCAAUGAUUUGGAAACCAAGGCUCUUAUUAUGGAAGCAAAGAGAUAUGUCAUAUAUAUAUUGCAAGUCCAGGAUGGAGAGAAUCUUCUUGAUUUAUUGCUCUCCGAAAUUAGUCCACAGAAUGAACUCAAGUUUAAAGAGAUCGUCAAACGAGAAAAAAAGAGCAUAAAGAAUGUUAACGGCCUCGAUGCAGUUCUAGAAAAGCAAGCCUUGGACGAUAUUUAUAAUUCCACAUACCCUCAGGUUAAGAAGCAUGCGAUUGAAUUAAUUUUAGAGUUGGAGGGCAAGGGAGUUGUCACUAGAUCUAACUGUUAUCAAGAACUCUUGAAUGAUAUAGCAAAGGAUAUCAAACACAAAAAACUGCAAAAGGACGAUAGAGAAAGGCGUUUAAAGGUUGUUGUGGAUACAUUGACAAAACUAACACAAAAGGAAAAGACAUGCUCCAAACUCUAUUCAGAGUACAUAAAGGACAUCGACCGUGCGAUGUUAAAGCUACAAGACGAAUCGGCGAAUCGGAAAAAGUCAUUUAUUUCACGACUUUUCUCUCGCCAGUAUUAUUAUCAACUGUCGGUGAAACGAAAGAAAGGAUACAUCCCAAGAUUUGGUUCCUUUAAAUAUAAUGGAAAAUAUCUUGAGGAAAAGUGCAUUCUAGAUUCUAUCACAUCUACUUCGCAUGCUCAUAUUAGAGUUAACAGAGUUGACUUUAUGUUCAGUUCGGAGAGGCAAGGAGAGUUCAUAGUGGAUGUUUCGAACAACUCAGUUGGCAUAUUUGGGCAAGAAACAGUGACUUUGGAUGAUUUAUUAAAUUUGCAAUAUGAAAGUAAAAAGCAGCCUGGGUCACCACUUGAGUGUUCAUUGUUAUGUCUUCCAGAUUACAAGGAUGGGGAUGUUAUCAGUCCGCCAUCCUUUUUAGUCAACAAUACUGUUACGGUUACGCAUAAUGGGCUUUAUAGAUUUUGCAGAAAAUGUAAGGUUUGGAAGCCGGACAGAUGCCAUCAUUGUUCAUCUUGCAAUAAAUGUGUUCUUCGGAUGGAUCAUCACUGUCCAUGGUUUGCAGAAUGUAUAGGAUUUCGAAACCACAAAUUCUUUGUUCAGUUUCUGGGUUACUCAGCACUGUUUUGUAUAACCAUUGCUGUGGUCACUGGUUGGGCGAAUUAUAGAUUUUUCAUCACGGAGACACUUUCAAUGGAUGACUUUUCCUUUCAUAUUCUCUUUGCAUUCUUCACAUCUAUCAUGUUUGGACUGUGUCUCCUUAUAUUUUCCAUCUUUACAGACUAUCAAUUGCUGAAGAAUCGGACCACAAUUGAAUCCUAUGAAUCGCAGUCAUAUCGAUAUCGACAGAAUUCACAUACAUUAGGAAAUAUAUUUGAUAACGGGAGUAAAAGAAAUUGGUGUUCGAUUAUGGGAAACACCAUUAUUGAAUGGUUAUUGCCAAUCAGAAGGCAUUCCAUCUACGGGUAUAAUGAUGGCUUAAGAUACGAGGUGAAUGAAAGACUUUAUCGAAAAAUGCAAGAAGAUGCAGUAAUUCAAAAGAGACUCUCCAACAAGCUACAGAAAUACAAGUUGAAACAGAGUAAAGUUCGUGAAGAUGCUGUCAGACCCUUUAUAGGAAAUUCUGGAUAUAUACAUUAG